UUGAGGAAGCGAGUGAAGACAGAGGAGGACAAAGAAGGAGACAUGGCCGGCUCUAAGGCAAGAGAGUGAACAGAGAACACAAGACAGAAAGAUGAAGCUGUGGGGGCAGUCAGUGUGGCCGUUGCAGGUUGUACUCUUGGUCACCUUGGUAAUGUGCUCGUGCCAGUUGGUUUCUGCGGGUACACGGAGUCUGCGGGGACACACAGCUUCGUACCAGGUGAAGCAGGGAACCUGUGAGGUGGUGGCCAUCCACCGGUGCUGCAAUAAGAACAAGAUAGAGGAACGUUCACAAACUGUCAAGUGCUCCUGCUUCCCUGGUCAGGUGGCCGGUACGACACGUACACAGCCUUCUUGUGUGGAGGCUUCCAUCGUGCUGCAGAAGUGGUGGUGCCAAAUGCACCCAUGUUUGGAUGGCGAGGAGUGUAAAGUUCUUCCAGACCUGACUGGUUGGUCUUGCAGCACCGGUAACAAAGUCAAAACCACCAAGGUCACUCGAUAGCAAGAACAUGGCUGCCGUACCAAGAGGCUCAAGACUCCUUACCAACCCCUAAUGGAAAAGAAGAC